AAAAAAAAACAGAAAAAAAAAAAAUAUCACCCUCCCUUUUUUUUUUACUUCAGCAAAAAUAUAAAAAAUGGCAUCAACCAUGUUAUUACUGAAGUUACAGUCACUGGAAGUCGAUAGACGUAUCAAAGAACAUGAGGCCAUUUUAAAUUCACUUGUACAGAAGCUCCCAAAAGGAUUACCGCGUAAAGAGACUAUACGGAAGCGGAGUGGUACCUCCACUAUGCCCAAUAUAUCAAUACCAUCAAUACCACCUAUCACGAGUGGUCCACUCAGUGCAGGAUCUGUGGGUUGGACCAAAGACAUAACAACAUUCGCGCAACUUUGGGAAGAGUAUUCAGUGGGUUACAACGGUAAACCCUCGAUACAAUCAUUAUAUGCCAAUGUACCACACUGGGUUCCUAGGGAGAAAAGAAGCUUCCAUUAUAGUCGUAUGCAUGCCAUCAGAUUGAUCAACAACUGCGCAAGAGCACAUAAAAUAUCCAAAUAAAUGCUGCUGCCAGGCUGGAUAUCAAGCGACAAAAUUUAAACAUGUCUAUUGCAAAAGCGGGAAAGUAUCCGGAUAAAUUUGCACCCUAUAAUAAACCAUAAUAUCAUAUAUUGCCUUUGGCUUGCAGAUGCCU